CUUACUCGUUAUUGUUUUUGUUUUCAUGUCUCACAUGAACAUUGGUUUACGCAUUUCAAAAUAAAUCUUGGCAACUAGUAUUACGAUACGUCGUAAUUCCGAAGCUUGUUUUUUUUUUCCCCUUCUCUGAGACAUUGGCGGCUAUUUGUCUGUUUGUGGUCACUAUGUCGGAUUGAGUGAGACCAGGGUCAGCUUUUCUUUUUCUUUUCAUGCUCAUACGUCGUGGUGAGACAUUCCAGCCUCUUUCUACGAGUGGCUUCGCAAAAGUACCCGAAACUGAGCGGAGAGAAAAAGAAACCUCUUGUCUACUUUUCUUUCGUGUUUCUCUCCUGAGCAGCAGCUAUUACUCAAACUAUUCCUUCUUAACUGGACGAGCAAAGUUUCUUCAAGUCGGGGGACUUAGGAAUUCACUUCGGGCGUAAGGGGGAUCGCCAACAAUGGCGCCAGCAUCAGAGAUGGCGGUGGCUGCAAUGGCCGAGGACGAUAACAAGACGACUAGAGCCCAAGAGGCCGCUGCGGUGGAAUCAGAUACCGAAACAUUGCUUCAAGGCGCGGAUGAGAAAAAGUUGCUGCGGAAGCUGGAUCUCUACAUUAUCCCUCUCGUCAUGGGCUUGUAUUUGUUUAGUUUCCUCGACAGGGUUAAUAUUGGCAACGCUCGGCUGUACGGACUCGAGCAAGAUCUUCACCUCUCAUCCGAACAGUUUCAGGUGACCGUUUCCAUCCUCUUCGUCACAUAUCUCCUCUUUGAGGUGCCGUCAAACCUCGUGCUAAAGCUCUUCACUCCCCGUCUAUGGGUAUCGUUCAUCGUCAUAGCAUGGGGCAUCAUUGCCACCCUUUCAGGACUGGUACAGUCAUACGGGGCACUCAUCGCCUGUCGUCUGCUCUUGGGAGUCGUCGAGGCAGGCUUGUUCCCCGGCCUCAGCGUCUAUCUCACCUUCUUUUACACCAAGCACGAGCUGGCCUUGAGGAUUGGCUAUCUCUUUGUCAGUGCUGCUAUAGCCGGCGCUCUGGGCGGACUGUUGGCUUACGGCAUUGGGCACAUGGAUGGCGUCUGUGGCAUGAGUGGGUGGCGGUGGAUUCUCAUCAUCGAGGGCAUCCCGAGCGUGAUUCUUGGUGUAGUCACUUUCAUUGCGCUACCGAAUGAUGCGGAAUCUGCAUACUUCCUUACAAAAGAGGAGAAACUGCUCAUGGAAGAGAGACACAGGCGGGAAUACGGAAAUACAGCGACAAGCCGUGAAUUUAGCCGAGUGGAUAUGAUGAGGGCUUUCAAAGACUGGAAGGUGUGGGCGUUUUCCUUUGCGCAGUUUGGCGUUGAUACUAUGCUCUAUGGCUUCUCGACUUUCUUGCCCACAAUCAUUGAUGCUCUCGGCGAAUGGAGCGUUGCCCAAGUCCAGCUCCUUACCAUCCCGUGCUACUUCCUCGGAGCGGUGACUUACAUGAUUGUUGCUAUGCUUUCUGAUAGAUUCCAAAUGCGAGGAAUAUUCUGUGUCAUCUUUGGCUGCAUAAGCAUUAUCGGGUACGGUGUCCUGUUGUCCGACUCGGCUCCUGGAGUGCACUAUUUUGGAUGUUUCCUUGUUGCGGGAGGUUUGUAUGUUGUUGUUGGUCUUCCAAUUGCCUGGUUGCCAAAUAAUACCCCUCGAUAUGGCAAAAGAACAACUGCAACAGGUUUGCAGCUUACUUUCGGAAACGCCUCUGGAAUCAUGUCUGCGUUCAUAUACCCUGCGCUUGAUAAGCCACGAUUCAUUCGCGGCCAUGCCGUCUCACUCAGCAUGGUUGGAGUGGGUAGCUGCAUAUAUGGGCUUCUCUGGUACUGGCUUUGGAAGGAAAAUAAGCGCCGCGAUGCUGGAGAAUUGCCGCGAGAGCAUCAGGGGCUGCCGGAAGAUGAGCUGAAGGAGCUGGGAGACGACAGCCCUCAUUACAGAUACACGAUUUAAUGCGCAAAAACAAAGAUUCAGCAACAUUACGUUUGAGAAGAAUACUCUAACGUGGAAUUAACGGAUAGAUGAAAGCAUCUAUAGAAGGCUGGUCAACCAAUACACUGUUGGGCUGUGGAAUUAUAAGCUUUGCCAAAGUUUGGGGGGAAAUGUAAUAAUAUGAUGAAAUGAUCUAUUUAAUGCUACUCUUAGAAUUGGCUAACAAAGAUAAUAAAGAUGG